AUGGCAACCUUCUUUCAGUCGUUCCGGAGCUCCUCCAUGCCCAAGAGGCUGCUCCGGUAUGCUCUAUCCCGACUGGAACUGCUCGACGCCGACGCUCUCGAGAUGGACAACCUAGAUCUGGCAAUAGGAAGGAAUACCGUCUUUGAAUUUCGGGAUGUCGGGAUUAAACUAAAGAAACUCAACAAGCUGCUCCAGCUCCCCGACACGUUCAAGUUAAAGAAGGCAAAGGUCCUGUUGCUACGAGUCACAAUACCUAUGGACUUUUACACGAGUCCUAUAAUAGUCGAGGUCGAUGGCGUCGAUAUCGCCUUGCAAGUCAUAGGUAACGAGUCCAAGCCGAACCGUUCUCCAGGGACUAGAACACCGGACGAAGCCGUCGCUGUCCCGAAUACCGUCGAUCUCGCACAGUCAUUUCUCGAAACACAACCAAAGUCAGAGCGCCGGAAACUCGAAGAUGCGCUAGCAGCCGAAAGUCAGGACCUGGGUGCUUCAGUGUCCAUGAGUGACGAUGGAAGCGAAGAUGACUUGGCAUAUGGGACAGGUCAAGCGCUCUCCCUGCCAGCGUUCUUGGCCGACUUCCUCCAGGGUAUUGUUGAUCGAAUGCAGGUUAGGAUAAAGGGUGUCAACUUUCAACUCGACGUCGAGGUACUUGUUGAGCCAAGUUCUACUACCAAUGAGAUGGUGUCAUUCCAGGUUGCGCUCGAGGGCAUCGAUGUCGAAGGCGUUACUACUCGGUCUUAUGACGACGCUGGAUUCCCGACCAUUGUUCACAAGGAGGGCAAACGACAUGUCUCUUUAUCAAACGUAAGAGCGUACCUCAUUUCUGAAGCAAACGUCUUCUCGGCCCUAGCAAAGUCUCCUUCGAUCGCAUCACCAUCUCUUGCUUCCUCUCCAGCCAUGACACGAAAUCCACCGUCACGUCAGGCAACGGAACUCUCACUUGCCAGUCUCCAGGAUGAAUCUGUGGCAUCAUCCCAAGCGAGCAUCCGAUCUAAUGAGCCAGAAUCGGCGUCACAUAACAGUCUUCCUGAGAACGAUCCUAUCCUCUCCUCACAACAUAGUAUCGACCAACGACUUGAGAGUUCCUUGCGACAAAGUCUUCAGCGCAAGGAUCCCCUAGCUGACUCACAUGAAAGCCUUCAGGAUGACUACUUUAUGGAUCAAGAGCUCGCAGAGCAGGAUUAUCCCUUGGGCGACAGUGAGGAUGCACUUGGAAUUCCAUACGAGUUUUCAAACCCUCAGGAUGACGACGCCGAAGACAGCCCAGCGACUCCCCGGGCUUCGAUGUAUCACGAUUUCCACAACGCAACUAAUGACGAAACAUUAUUCCACUCUAUCUUACUUCCUGGAGAACAGAGUUCUCAAUCUACUGUUUUAGAAAACGAGAGGUCAAUGUGGUCGACUCCAGAGCGAGAGGCUCGAUCUGCUCCCAAUCUUGAAACUCCGGCAGCGCAAUUCAAUAUGAAAGUUUCCAGCUCGAGCAUACAAAAUGAGCAGCUUCGCCGCACCUUUUCGAGUGAGAGUUUUGGAGUGGCUUCAACCGAGGAAUUGGCACAGUCCCACAUGUACACUCAUGAAGACGCUGAGAGUAUGUACAUGAGCGCAUUCUCGCAAACCAACGCGCAACCAGCGGCUAUCAUAUCACCAGUCAUCCCGUCGCCAGUUGUCCUAUCACCAGUCGUUUCUAAUGACAAUUUAACAUCACUGAAGCCCCAAGACGAGCCAGCUCCAGAGGUGGAACAGACGAUUGAGCCAGAAAAACCAGACUCGCCAGUUUUGGAUACCAGCAUCCACGAACUGGCCCGGCCUCAGACUCCCGAACCGGAACCCUCAAUCGCCGAAGCACCAGUCCCCGAAACAUCAAGUCCCAAAGCACCGAGCCCCAGAGUGCCAAGCCCCGUCACAGAAGAUGCGCCGUCUCCUGUGAGAGAACACCGAAAACCCGAGGGUUUCAUUCCAGGUGCAUGGGAUGACGAUUAUGACGACCCAGAGGAAGAACCUGUGGCAUCAACGACCUUGAGACGAUCAGCAUAUCGAAGCAAAAUUUUGUCUGAUCCGGCAGAUGCUUCUGACAGUGAAUCUUCUGAGCCUGCUUUUUCUAGGGCCUGUCUCACUGAUAUCGAUUCAGAGAGUCCACGUUCGUCCACUAAACAGCAAGAAGACGUUGCUACUCCAAAGGGUCCGACUCGCCUGGUGAAGGAGAUCCUGAAUUUGAAGACAAUCUCAAUAUAUAUCCCGUCGCAACACCAGCACAUACAGGUUCAGCUCGCAUCUUCCGAGUCUGUGGCCCAGCUAUCACAGUCUCUUGGUCAAUCAGCAUAUCCUCAGGCGCCAGGUGCUUUUUCCGUACAUGGAGCUGCCCAUGCACAACAGCGCAGCAGUCAAGGCACUUCGAGUGUCGACAAUUCUCUCGAGGUAGAUCUAUCACCCAUAAACCUUCGUUUUGACGCCUCUCUUGGCUUUUUGCUCGCCAUGGUUGUUGGGAAGUUACUUGAGGCCGUGAAAGAUAAGAAACCAUCUCCAGCAGAGGGGAGCAAGCAGGACACAGCUUCAAAGGAAGCACCCUCAAAGGAAACGCCCAACGUCAAGGUAACAUUUGAAGAAAUUAAGCUCGACUUUGUCAAUCGCUUGGGCGGAAUCUCGGACACUCCUGAGCGAUACUUGGAUCCUUCCGCGUUCAUCUUUGACCAGGAAGUUCUCCUCAACGCAACCUUCCAAAACUUGGCCAUCUGCAUCACCCAGACGGAGAUAUCAACGACUCCUGUUACGAAGGGCAGGUUGACGACACAGCCAGCUGUUCUGACCAGGAUAGAUUUGCAAAAGUUCCGAUUCGGUUAUGCGAAUGGCGAUAUCAUCUCAUUUGAUAGUGGCAAGCCUAUGAGCACAUCUGUCAGGGACACCUUCCUUUCCGAUGGCACCGACAUUGGUAUCAAGAUUCUCCAAUCAGGUGGUAACACCAAAACAGAGGUCCAGACAUUGCCUCUUGUUUUCCAGCUUGAUCUACGACGGCUCGACGAGACGUUUAGUUGGUUCGGCGGUCUAAGCAGCUUCCUUAACAUGAGUGCAUCGAUCGCCUCAAGUCCUGCCCCAACGCCCAAACCGGCCGCUGUUGUACAAAAACCCCGAGGGGUUCGAUUCGACACUCCAGUUGACCCAGAUGACAAAUCCGCCGCAUCAGAAAAUAAGAUCAACCUGCGUAUUGGAGGCUCAUGGGUGGAACUUAUUGGCAAAGACUGCAGCAUGAUUGCCGAAACAAGCGCUAUCAAGCUCAUAAGUCGAGACGAAGUCAUUGGCAUGGCCUGUAGCAUGAUGCGAGUAUCAGGGCCAUAUUUAAAGAACUCGGCAGCUGAACCUCCUAUCAAUACCGAAAUUGGUGGUGUUCGGGUGGAGUUCUUGACAACUCCCAAAGAUACCGAUCUCGAAAAGCUCCUCGAGUUGAUCAUGCCUUCAAAGCAUCAAUUCGAUGGCGAGAACGAUGAGAUUAUGGUAGACACCCUGCUACGCCAACGACGAAAGGGUUCGGUUUUGAGGGUCACAGUGGACACAGUCAGUGUUCGCGUGCAAAACAUGCCGCUCCUUUCCGUUCUGCCUAACCUUGGCGAAGAAGUUGCAAAGCUUUCUACCGUUGCCAAAUAUCUGCCCGAAGAUGACCGUCCCGGUUUGUUGACCUUGGGUAAAAUUAGAAAGGUCGGUUUGAGCCUGGACUUUGGCGGCAAGCUAGGCCAUCUGGGCACUGACAUACAAGAUCUCCAUGUCGGCCAUAUUUCUAUCCCCUCACUUGUUGCUAUUGCUUUACACGACAUUUCGGUACAGAGAAACAGGUCGGAAGAACUGGUCAGCACGUCUCCAUAUGGUGACAGGGACAUUUCGCUGCGUAGCCCUGUACUGAUGGCACGGAUGAUCGGCGAUGAGAUCGAGCCAGUCAUCAAAUUGAAGAUGCAAGAUCUGUGCAUCGAGUACCGCGUACCCACCAUCAUGGACCUCCUUGAGCUUGGAGAAGAUGCGACACCUCAAGACUUUGAAGCCAGUCUUGCUGCUUCGGUGGCAAACCUUGGCGAUCAAGCGCACCACGUGUUGACCGGCGCUCCUGGAUCUCCUGGAGGGAAAGCCAAGAGCGGGAAACCUAUGACUCUGGACAUUGGGUUCCGAGACUGCCUUUUAGGACUCAACCCGCUGGGACAGCCCUCAAAGAUGGUGAUUGCACUUACAGACGCCCAUCUUGUGGCUCUGCUGCCCCAGGAUAUCGAGACAAAUGCUGUCUUUACCAUCAACAAGUCAUCCAUUCUCCUCAUCAACGACGUUGCUGAAGUUAAAAUGAACGAGCUACCAGCUACUCAGCGUUCCCGAGCCUCAUCUUCGACAUCUCGACAGGUAUCAGACAUGUGUGCCAGAGGAUAUGUUGAUAUUUGCUACAUUUCCUCUGCCAAGGUUACCGUCGAUGUCAAGGAACUCGAAGAUGGUGAGAAGCAACUUGUGGUCGAGCUCAAAGAUGACCUGCUUGUUUUGGAAACAUGUGCAGAUUCAAUGCAGACUCUGAUUUCAUUGGCGAAUGCUCUCAAGCCUCCAACUCCACCUAGUAAGGAGAACAAGUACCUGACAGACGUGGUUCCAAUGCAGGAUCUUCUUGCUUCAAUUUCUGCUGAGGCCUUUGGUAGACCCGAAGGCGAGUACGAUUUUGAUCAAGAUUUUGCUGGUGCCCAAGAGAUGGCUGGCAGUGGCUCAGAAGCCGACUACAACACAGACAGCCCAUUGCAGGUACAGUCUCGGUACUACGAUGAACCUGUCGCCGAGGAGCUCUUCGACGCAACAAGCAGCUCCAUAAUUUCUCGUGGAUCCCAACGUUCUGGUCCUAUGAUGCAAGAUACCAACGAGGGUGUUUUACUGACAGGUUUCGAACCGACUAGCCAACAGAGCAUAGACUCUGACGAUUUGGUUAUCCAUGACGAUUACUAUGGCCAAGGGGCGUCAAAGGAUAGCAAAGCCAAGGUUUGGAACUCAAAGAAGAACAGCUACGAUCUAGCACCAAGCGAUUUAGUCAAACGAAGCAUCUUGAAAGUCAAGGUUCGGGACGUACAUGUCAUAUGGAACCUCUUCGAUGGCUACGACUGGGUUCACACCCGAGAUGUCAUAACAAAGGCAGUUCAAGAUGUUGAAGCCAAGGCGUAUGAACGACAAGCCCGAGCCGGCCAGGUCCACGUUUACGAGGAGGAGCUAGAAGAUGAAGAGGCUAUCGGAGACUUCCUCUUUAACUCGAUUUACAUAGGCAUCCCAGCUAACCGGGACCCUCAAGAGCUGUCUCGCGCCAUCAAUGAGGGGUUCAAUGAUGGAGCAACUGAAACCGAGUCUGUUGCUACCACGGCCUUUACUUCAGCCACCAACAGAACAGCACGCGCUCGUCCUCGAUCAAAGCGACUUAAGCUCAAGCGUAGCAAGCACCACAAGAUUACCUUUGAGCUGCAGGGUGUCGACGCGGACCUAUUCGUUUUCCCACCCAACUCGGGUGAAACACUCAACAGUAUCGAUGUUCGCAUCAAGACUCUUGAUGUUUUUGAUCACGUCCCGACCUCAACAUGGAAGAAAUUCGCAACAUAUGACCAAGAUAUGGGCGAGCGAGAGAUGGGCACAAGCAUGGUACACCUUGAAAUGCUCAAUGUCAAGCCCCAACCAUCCCUCGAGGCGUCUGAAAUCGUGCUGCGAGCAACAAUCCUACCUUUGAGACUCCACGUUGAUCAGGAUGCCCUCGACUUUAUUACACGAUUCUUCGAGUUCAAGGACGACCAGGUACCUGUUCACACGUCUAAGAGCGAUGUUCCAUUCCUUCAGAGAGCUGAAAUCAACAAUGUAUCGGUCAAGCUUGAUUUCAAACCGAAACGAGUUGACUAUGCUGGACUGCGGUCCGGACAUACCACCGAGUUUAUGAACUUUAUCGUCCUCGAGGAGGCGAGAAUGGUCCUUCGCCAUGUGAUCAUCUACGGCAUCUCUGGGUUCGAGAAGCUCGGCAAGACUCUUAACGAUAUUUGGACGCCCGAUGUGAAGGCAAAUCAACUUCCUGGCAUUCUAGCUGGCCUCGCACCUGUGCGUUCACUUGUCAACGUGGGCAGUGGCUUCAGAGAUCUCGUUGAGGUACCUAUUCGCGAGUACAAGAAAGAUGGACGUGUCAUUCGCAGCAUUUCCAAGGGCGCCACUGCCUUUGCUCGCACUACAGGUACCGAGCUGGUGAAGUUGGGUGCCAAACUUGCUGUUGGUACACAAUACGCGCUGCAGGGUGCAGAAGGCAUGCUUUCCGGCCCUCAGCAAGUAUACGAAGGCUGGGAUGAGGACGAUGUAGAUCCUGACGAACAGAGGCAGAUAUCUCUCUACGCCGAUCAACCUACUGGAGUGAUCUCGGGUAUCAGGGGUGGAUACCGCUCUCUCGCCAGAGACGUGAAUCUCGUCCGUGAUGCCAUCAUUGCUGUUCCUGGCGAGGUUAUGGAAAGCUCUACAGCGUCUGGCGCCGCGAGAGCUGUUUUGAAACGCGCCCCAACUAUCAUCUUCCGACCAGCUGUCGGUGUUACGAGAGCAAUCGGACAAACACUGAUGGGCGCGACGAAUUCGAUUGAUCCAAACAACAGGCGUCGAAUUGAGGAGAAAUACAAACGGUACUAA